AUGCAUUAUUAUACAUUUUUAAUUUAGUUGUUAUUAGAGUUACUUAGUAAUCUUGUUUGUAUUCUUAGUUAAGCUUAAUUUUUUUUCAAAACUAUUGUCAAGAAUAAUAAAUCUUCGUGCUUUCCAGAACAGAGCUAAAAUUUUAUUCAACCUAAUAAUUCAAUUUAGUAAAUAAGUUGGAAUUUAUUUAGUUAUACCAACAUUUUCCUCUAUUUCUAUAUUAUAGCAAGCUAUAAAAUUAUUACCAUCUAAAUCAUUUUUCACACUGAUAUGAAUUCAAUCUCUAUCAUUGAUUAGUUACCAAAUUAAGAUGUUAGCUUUAUAUGGAUAUGUAUUUAACAUUUUUGUGAGAUCAAUUCAAUUGUUCCUUAAUAAUAAAAUUCUAGAUUUUUCUGGUAAAUAUUAUUGUAAAUUAAUAGUGAGUAUUCUUAAAAAAUUUAAACAGGAGUUUGGAUGGGUUUAUCAAAAGCAAUUUCUAAAAAUUUUUGUAAUUUAUUUGCUCUUGCUUUAAUAUAUAUUGUUAUUGAAAGUAUGAAAUCAAAAAUGAUAAUGCAUGAAUUAUCGAAUCUGAAAGAUUUUUUUGCUGUUAUUACUUUUAGUUUACUCUUUUCUAUUCAUAAAAGCAAAAAUGAUAUUGUUUGA